GAAUUUAAUCAUUCUUUAGAUCGUCUUACAAUCGAAAUGCAAUACCAUGAUGAAAAUGAGAACGAAUUACAUAUAGGCGGCUAAAUGAGUGCAGAUCUGAUCUGACGAAAAGAAUAUGAAGAAUAUGAUUCUCUUACGUACUACUCCUAUUAUCCAGACAGAAUGCAAACUCCAACCUGCGUCCCGCAUGAAUGCGUUACGAAUGCCGGCAAUUGUCGAGAACCUACAGUUCGAGGGCGUUUAAAUAACGAGAGCAACCCGCAAUCAUAUUGUCGGAAAACUUCACUUUGAAGAAUAUCUACCUAGUAGGUACCUCCUAUCCGUAAAUUGUAAGUUCAAACAUAUCAGACAACAUGCUGAUCACUUCCUUCAUUUUAUCGCUUCUACCACUAGCAGCCGCCAGGGCGCCCUCAGAGCACGAAUCGCAGAGACGGCCCAUCCUGCUAGACAAAUCGGGCGGCUUCACCGUGGGCGGCAAGAUCAUCAACAGCCCCAGCUUCCCCAACUUUACAUUCCCCAACUUCACACUGCCCAAAAGCACCCUCUCGUGCGACCACGGGUACAUGGAGUACUUCAUCCCGUGGCGGCCGCGCCAGACGAGCAUCGUGAUGUGGCACAGCUCGAGCACGCAGGUGUGGCAGAACCGGUGGGACGGCGGCGAGGGCUUCAAGGACAAGUUCCUGCGGCGGCGGUACCCCGUCUACCUCUGGGACGGGCCCCGCAUCGGGCGCGCCAACUGGGCCUGCGAGCCGACGCGCUACACGCCCUUCUACCAGGACCAGAUGAACUUCGUCGCGUGGAACUUCGGCCCGGCGUACCCGGACUUCUGGCCGGGGGUGCAGUUCCCGACGGACGACAAGGAGGCGUGGCAGCUGGCGACGAGCGCGCGCUACGUCGAGUACGACACGAACAAGAACGUGCACCUCGAGACGGAGGCCGCCGCCGUCGCGGCCGACUCGGGAAAGCUCGGCGACAGCAUCGUGUACCUGGCGAACUCGGCCAGCGGGCUGCGCGCGCAGAUGACGGUUGUGAAGAGCAACACGACGAACAUCAAGGCGAUCGUCGCGUACGAGGGGUACGGGUGCGUGUUCCCGGACACCGCGAACAUCACGGCGGGCGAGCCCUUCGGCCCCAUGGUCGUGCCGCUCGAGGACUUCAAGAAGCUGGCGAGGCUGAAGGCGGUCCAGUUCGUGUGGGGCGACCACCGCAGCGAGAGCUACCCGCUCCUGAGGCAGACGCGGGAGGCGGCCAGGCUCAUCAACUUGUAUGGAGGAAACGCGCAGGUGUUCUUCUUAGCGAAGGAUGGGGGCUUGAAGGGGAGCACGCAUAGCGCGUUUGCGGAUAUGGAUAAUCAUAAGGUGGCUGGGCUGUUGGAGGACUUUUUAGAAGAGAAUGGGCUGGAUGGGUAUCCGGAUGAUGAGGAGGAGGAUGGUGGGGACGACGGUGAGGAUGACGGUGAUGAAGAUGGUGAUGAGGACUGGCGGAAGUGGGAGCGUACUAGCUGAUUCAGGUCGAGUAGAAGUAUUGGUUCGCAUAGGGCCUGUACCUACCGGGUACCUACCUUACUGGUUUGCCUGAAUAUAUCACGAUUUGAUGGAAACAGGAUCCGUCCAAUAAGAUCCCGAUUCUCGUUUAAUAUAGACGUAUCCGGUGCCAGAAGGCGCUAUGCCGUGAUGGAAAAGAAUAGGUAUCCUCGAAGUUUACGUUCCGAUCACCCCUGGCUUCUCAUAUAGCCUGGCGCUCUACAUGUCUACUAGAAGAUAGAUAGGUACCUUAUAUUACCGGGUGCAAGAUCUCAGACCCCAAUCAACUAACGGUUUGC